UGGAAAAAGUCAAGGGGUCUGGAUACUUUCCAAAUGCACUGUUUUGGCCAACAAUUGGAGUGACACUCACACGCUGGAAAUAAGCACUUUCCUUUACUGGUGCUAUAGAGAGCGUUGUAUGUGUAGUCUUUUUCCCACAGCAGUUGACCAGCUGAGAGGGGCAGCAGUUACGAGGUGGACAUGUAUACGUCGGUUGAGAGGUCACUGGUCUGAAUGGCGUCCUGAAGAUCUCUCACUCCUCUCAGUGCUCGUGGUGUUGGUAGUUAAUGGGAGUCCCGUGCCCAGCGCGCCCUCUGAGCUCCCGACGUCCGGAUGGACCUCUGGAGAGGAGCUCGCGGUAGAAUCGUUCUCCGGUGAACCGGGCGCGCCCCCGAAAUGGAAGAAGGUAAUCAAGCUGCUCAUUCAGGAGGUGAUCAACUUCCGAGACCAACAGUUUGUGGAGGAGUUUCAGAAGCCUGUGGAAGAGAUGUCAUCAUUCCUACAGUACCAGGUCCCCUCCAUCCCCACACACCUCUCCAAGACCCCCUGCUCCACAUCAAACUACAACAAGGAGGCAUGUCUACAGCAGAUCAGUCAUGGUCUACAGGUGUACCAGGUUCUUCUCCAGCACCUUAAGGCUGAAUACCCACAAUCCACCCUGCUCCCCUCUGCCAUGCACCAGACUACUGUCCUGAUAGGGCUGGUCAAAGACAAGAUGAAGGCUGCUGAGGUAGUAGAGGACCUGUCUGCCAGUGAGAGGGAGCGUGUGCUGGGUGAGGUGUCUACAGGGACAGAGUGGGAGAGGAAGACUAGCGUUCACGCCAUCCUUAGUGAGCUACGUCACUUCCUGGUCGACACCAAGAUAACCCUCUAUAGCAUGGGGAAGAGGGGCAAAGGCUGGCAGUAACCAUGACAACACCAUGGUGGGAAGAGGUGUGUUAGAUCAGGCCUGGAGGAAAAACCUGCACUGAUGUGUCUUAUUCUCUAAAUCGGCUGUUUAUUUUUAGUUAUUUAAUGUAAUACUUGACUUAACUUGAAAACGGUCAGUUAUUUAUAUAUUUAUUCAUGUAUUUAUGGUUGAGAUGAAAAAUGUAUUGAAUUUAUUUAAAAAUUGGAUUAAUUUAUUUGAUCUCGAGAAGCUUUGUGGAUCUAACUUUCUAGAAACUUUUGAUACAAAUAUAUAUUUAAUAUUAUUUUUAUAGCAAAUAGUGUUCUUUUCAUACAAAUGUAUUUUUCUAAUGAUGACAUGUUGAUGGAUUUCAAGCACAGAAUUACAUUUAUCUCUAAGUGCCUUUACAGUACAUUAGUCACUGCAUUUCAUUGUGACUACUACUAGUUUGAUGGUGGUUGUACCCAUCAAAUGUCCCAUUAACAAUCACCCAUAUUAGCAAACUUAUUUCAUU